UCGUUGCUUCGCAGGAGGUGCGCUUCUUCGGCUCGUCGCUGUUCGACUUAGCUCCUUCGACGACGUUCCCUUCCUGUCGGAUCGGACGUUACAAAAUUUUGAUCUGAAGCAACGACGGGAGCUCGCUAGCUCGCUGUGAAGGCGUGUGAGAUGGCAAUUACCUUAACAUCAGAUGAUGCAAAAGAUUGGAUUUACAAAGGCGAAGGGGGUGCAAACCUUGUCUUGGGUUAUUGCGGUUCAUCUCCAUUUCUGGUUGGCAAAGUUUUACGUGUUCACAAAGUUUUGCGGAGUGAAGUUCAGUCAGUAAUUGAACGUAAAAGAUUAUUCUCUGAGUGUGAACAACUCGUAUGGGGUGACAUUCCACAACUUGUCAAAUCUACUUCAAAAGAGAUUGCUGAGCAGGUUUUUGCAGUACAAGUGAUGAGUCCUCUCUUAGACUCCAAGCACAUAGAUGGAGGGGUACCCAUAUUUGUAACAAAGGAGUUCCUAGAGUCAGUUGAAAAGAACGUUCACACUCAGCGUCCUCCUUGGCGACUCCAUGCAACUGAAGUUGAUCUCCUCUCGCAUUCUGCACUUCUUAUGUCUGAUCAUUCAGUUUUUUCUAGUGGUUCUCUUAAAGAUGAUGUAUGCGUGGCAGUGGAAAUAAAGCCAAAGUGUGGAUUUCUUCCGUCUUCAAAAUUCAUAGCCAAGCAAAAUGCUGUAAAGAAGUCUGUAACACGAUUUAGAAUGCAUCAACUCCUGAAAUUUCAUCAGGGAGAGAUAUCCCAGCCGAGUGAAUACAACCCACUGGAUCUGUUAUCUGGAUCUAGAGAGCAGAUAAACCAAGCCAUUGCUGCACUAUUUUCAACUCCUUAUAAUAACUUCCGAAUUUUUUUGAAUGGCUCCCUCAUAUUUGGAAACUUGGAUGGAUCAGACAGCAGUAAAAAUACAGUAUAUUCUGCUAAUCAAUCUGGUGAGAUAGGCGCUAGCAUUGAAGAUCAAAUUAAGGUACUCAUACAAGGAGAAUUUGGCUUUAGAUUAGCUACCUUUAUUGAACUUGUCUCUGAGGCAAUUUUCAGGUCAGGAGUACUUGACCGACUUCUGGCUGUUCAAAAGCUUGAUGUAUUUGACAUAGAAGGAACCAUUCAUGUCUAUUACAAUCUUAUUUCGGAGCCUUGUAUGGUAUGCAAAAAUCUAGGCGACUCUGAAUCAGUACAGAAGUAUUAUUGGCUCCAUACUCUUUCUUUUGAGGAAAGUUUGAAAAUUGUACGGGAUUUUCUAAUAGCUGCCACUGCAAAGGAUUGCAGUUUAAUGAUCAGCUUUAGACCUCAGCAAAAAAGUGACUCCUCGCAAGACUUCAUUCAUCUUGAGUCAUCUAAGCAGACCUUUGAUUACAAGGCUUAUUUCAUUGACCUGGACAUGAAACCUCUUGAUAAAAUGGUCCACUACUAUAAAUUGGAUCAGAGCAUAGUUAGCUUUUACACACAAUGUGGGAUACAGGUGAAUAACGAUGCAGUAGCUGAAUCUCUAUGAUACCUGUCUGAGUUUUAUUCCAGAUUGAAGAAACUAAUGCAGCCAUCAUGACUCCUUGACUGGUGUUUGGAGCUCUCACUAUUGGGGCGAAUUAUUGCGUCCGGUCACCGGAUGUCCGGACAUCCAAUCUGGUGACGCCACGUUACCAAAAUACACUUGGUCCUGAUAUAUUUUGGUGAUGUGGUGACACUGGAUUGGUGUCCGGACGAAUCCGGACACCGGACACAAUAAUUUGCCCACUAUUGGAGCUUGUUUGAGUUUGAAUUUAGUUGAGUGUGAGUUAGUUUAGAGUUUUGUUUAAGUUUUUAUUUGAGUUUUGAGUUUAAUUUGUGUUUGAGUUAUUAGGACUGUUAUAUUAGAGAUGAUUUUAGUGUAAACUUUUCACUCUUGUUGUUUUUU